AGGAAGACGAAGAAAGUGCAAAGAAGGAGAAAACCAACCCUCUGCUUGUGGUUGCAAUCGUGCCUGCUGCUGCUAGCUUUUUUCUCUGUCUCAAAUUGACCAAAUCCAAGUUGAUUUUCAAUGAAAAAUAUGUUUGUAGAAAAGCCGUGCGAAUCGUGACCGCGUAUAGGCGAGUGCGUAAUAGUGACGGAGUUCUGGGGGGCGCGUUAACCGGAAGUCAACCCGCGACGCCGUGACGUGGUCAAAGUGGGCCGCGGAUAUCCGAAAGAGGAGAAAACGAGAAAUAUUCUAGAUUUUGCUGUGUGCAAGUGCUUCGGGAAGAAUCGGUCGCUGUCGGAUUACGUCGUAGUAGCAGCAGCCAGAAGAAAUUAGGUGCCUCUGAGUAGGCUGUGAGAAGACGUGUGUGGUGUUGAAGGUGACGCAGGGCGCUUCACACGCAGAUUCUGCUGCGAUUUUUGAUCUGCUCGGAACCGGUCCGAUGUGGGACGACGCGGCCGGCUAAAGAUCGCGAUGAGCCAGAAAAACAAGCAGUGGAACCACAACCGGAACACACGCAAUAGUGGCGGAGGUCAGGGUGGUGACGGUGGUGGUGGUGGUGGUGGAGCAGGCGGAGGAGGAGGUAAUGGGCCUGGCAACCGAAACUGGAACUCUGGUGGUCGGUUCAACAACGGACGUCGAUCGUUUCGUGGUAAUUACGGAGGAGGAGGUGGAGGUCGCGGUCGCGGAGGUGGCCACUUUAAUCAGUGGAACAGAAACGGAGGUGGCGGAAUGGGUGGACCGGAUGGGAACUAUCAACGACAGAAUCAGAACCAGAACAACUGGCAGCAGUCGCCGCAGGGUAAACAGGGCGUGAAGCAUCCUCCGAUGGAGAUUCCGCUUGCGUUGACGGUUCCACCACCCUUGUUGAUGCCCCAGAUUGCACCGUCGCUGAUGAUGGAUUUUGAUGCGCCGGAUCUGGAUCUGCCAACGGGCAAUGGAACCAUCAUCCAAAGUGCUAAGGCAGUUGCACAACCUGGAGACAACAGUCCGGAAGGUUUCCUAGGAUUUUCCGAAAGUGAACCUGCGGCGAAUGGAAGCGAUGCGGUCAAGCACGUCGAAAAGCUGGAGUUGCCUCCGGACGGGAACGAGCUGUUCAAGCUGAUCGAGGACGAAGCGCUGAAGAUAAUCACGGAGCAGCCGUCCUGUUCUAACGCGGCAGUAAACUCGGCCACGCCGUCCACGAGUGCAGCGGUGGCAGGCAGUUCCGCCAGCGCCAGCCAAAUCCAGGAACGCCGGGCUACGUUCGAGCGAAGUGCCGACCAGGUGACGCGAAAGCUCAUCAACCAGCUCACCACGAUGAACAAGUACAACCUGAAACAGAUGAUCAACAAUCCGGACAGCAAGUACGAGUCCGCUCUCAAGACGCACGCUCGUCAAAAACUUCGCGCCGAGGUUCGCCGCCAGUUGCGUAAUUUCAACCUGCCCGAAGGAACGUCCGCCCAAACAAAGGCCACCAUCUGUGGAAUGCUCGAGCCGGACGAGUGCGUCGAUUCGGACAAGAUUCCGGAUGCGCUGCUCGAGCAGAUAGGAAAAGUUCUCGAUCUGAACCUACUCCUCCCGGACGUAAACGAUACGGACCCGCCAGCAAACCCGGCUGCAUCCUGUGGCGCACCCCCCACCGAGGAAGACGCCAUCAUUGCCAGCGAUGUGGACGCAUCGGCCGCAGAAGUCCUGGACAAAAAUCUCGGCCUGACCGACGACGAAGGCACGCUGCAACUCGACGCGGAAGACAUCUUUGCCCGGGCCGAACUGCUGCUGAUGAAGGGCAGUGAAUCGACCCGCCAGGGCAACUCGUCCGGCCCAAGCUCCCCGACCGAGGAAAUGUUCCCCAACGAUCAGAUUGAAUCCAUCGUCAGCGAAGAGAACGGCAUCGACAAGGUAGAAAUUAUCGUAAUUGAUUCCGACAGCGAUGACGAAACACCCCCGGCGAAACCACCGGCCGAACCUGUUUUGGCAGCGAAUCAAAUCAAGAAUGAACCCAUGGAGCAAGAAGAGGUCGCGGAGAAGAACUCAUCCGAGGUGGCGGAACAGAACUCAUCCGAGGUGGCGGAACAGAACUCAUCCGAGGUAGCGGAACAGAACUCAUCCGAAGUCGUAGACAAUAACUUCCCCGAGAUGGCGGAAAUGAGUUCAUCGGCAGAAGUUGCAGAGAAAAACUCAUCCGAGGUUGUGGAGGAAGAUACAAUACCAGCCGAGGUCGCUGAAGAAACGGUCAUUACCGAGAUGGAAGUCGCGGCGGAAGUGCAGAUCGAGCAAACCGAAGAAAUCCCGGAGCCGGCAACUGAGCUGGUCGUCGAGGAAGUUCAUUCCGAGGAGCCAGUCGUUGAACCAGCAGCUGAACCAGAACCAGAGAUCAGCCCCGUAGAAGAUGGCGAGAUCACGGAAGAGCCGCAACCCGAACCGCCGCAAACCAUCGUCGAGCAGGACAAAGAUCAAACCGAGGAAGACGAACAGCAGAGCGAUAUUCUUGAGCUGCACGCGCAUGACUCGCAGGUUGAACUGCUGGGAGAGGAGGAGAUUGUCGAGUUUGACAAGGAGCAAAUCGUGCUGCAGCAGGAAGAAAUCGUGGAACGCGAAGAAGUGGUACAGGAGCAGGAAGUCAGAGAAGAACAGAGCUUUAAAGAGCGCGAAGGCAACCAUGUGUUUGAUGACUCGGACGAGAUUGUCUUGACGAAGAGAACUGACUUUGAAGAACCGGAUGAGGAAGACGAAGAGCGGAACAAGUUUGCUGCACCUUUACAACACAAAGUGAUGGAUAAAGUGGACAUCAAAAUCGAACAAGAGGAAGAAGAAGAAGUAGAAGAGUCCGGGACAGGGUGUUUGAGCGACGCCAUGGCGUGCGUGUUUCCGUGCUUGUUACGCGUCAACACCGUGGAAGAGCUCAACAAAAAGGCCAGCAGUUUGCCCGUUGUGACAAGGGGACGAAGCACGGAGGACGCCGAACCUCCGGCACCACUUCGAGAGGACAUAUUCGAGGAGCCACCGAAGAAACCGAAGAAAAAACCAAUUAUAGACAUUACAACAUUACAAAGCUCCAAGGAGGCCGAACCUUCGGCACCACUGCGAGAGGACAUAUUCGAGGAGCCGCCGAAGAAACCGCUGAAAAAGCCAAUUAUAGACAUUACAACAUUACGAAGCACGGAGGCAGCCGAACCUCCGGCACCACUGCGAGAGGAGCCACCGAAGAAACCGCUGAAAAAGCCAAUUAUAGACAUUACGGACUUGAAGAUUCCCGAUGUCGACUUUUCCGGAGAUCCCUUACCGCAUGAUCCAGCCCAAUCCGCGGCGGUUGAAACCCUGGAGACACCCUCGGACAUCAUCCGCGUUCCGUCCUUUGCCGAGUUGACCGUCCGCCGGUCCAAAAACCCCAGAACAUACAAACCGAAUCUCGUGCAUCACGAGCUGCCGCCGAAGCGGGACAACAAAUCUUCGUCCGCGUCCCCCACCCAUUCGACCUGCAGUACAGCGUCCUCAAAAUCUCACGACACAUCAUCGACCGACGUUAACCCGCUGCGGGCCAAACUGGGCCUGCCCGUGAACACACCCAUCGGCAACACCCCGAACAUCACCCAGAGAGUCUCUCGCAAGAGCGAACACGCCCUCCGUUCCAGUCGCUCCUGCGCCAACCUUGGCAACCAACCCGGCGAGAACGGAACGACCGCCGCUGACGACUCGUCGCCGCAAAUCGACCUGCCGGAAGCGAAGGAAGCCCGCAAGGCGAGAUCUCAAACGCCCGGGCCGAAGCAGGCCGCCGAGCAGCUGAACGAGAAGAAGCAAAAGAAAGCAAAGCACUCCAAGCGGCGACCGUACUCGCCCAGCGACGAGGUGGAUCCGGACCUGGCGCGAAAGUCGCCCUCGCCGACCAGUUCGCGCGACUCAACCCCGGAACUGGCUGAAGCGGCACCGGUGCCGUUGCGCACCACCCGUGCAAAGUCCGUCGAUGCGAAGCUGUUCUGCCCGGAGAAGAAGGAAAAGAAGUUGAAAAUUAAGCUACGGAGCAAGUCGCGACCGCGUGACCCGGACGAGAUCCGGCGGGAGAAAAUCAAGGAGGAAAUCCGCCAGCUCGAGAUCGAAAUGGAGGAGGAACGGGAGCGCGAACUGGCCAAACAAAAGCAGCAAGAGCGGGAGCGAGAGCGCGAGUUGCUGCGGGAGAAAGAGAAGGAAAUCGAGCAGGCACUGGCAAGGGAGCGAGCGCUCGCCAUCGAGAAAGAGCGCGAGCUCGAACUGGCGAAGGAGCGAGAAAGACAGCGCCAGCAGGAGUUGGCCCGUGAAAAGGAACGACAGCGGCAGGUGGAGCUGGCAAAGGAGAAAGAGAGGCUGCGACUGCUCGAGCUGGAGAAGCAGCGAAUAGCCGCGGAGCUGGCAGUUGAGAGAGAGAAGCAGCGAGUGCUGGAUUUGGCACGGGAAAAGGAAAGACGUGCGGCCGAGCUGGCCAAGCAGCGAGAGAGGGAGCAAGAGCUGGCGAAGCAGAAAGAAAGAGAGCUUGAGUUGGCACGGGAGAAAGAGAAGGCAGCGGAACUGGCACGGGAGAAGGAGCGGCAGAAGCUGCUUGCGAGAGAGCAAGAAAGAAAUAGAAUAGCGGCUGAACUCGCAGCAAAGGAUAGAGAGCGAGAAAAACAGAAAGAGUUUGCAAAAGAGAAAGGUAAAAAGAGCAAAGAAGUUGAGAAGGAUACGCCCGAAGCAACUGGAACGACCCCAGCUCCGACGAAAGAGCCAUCGUCGUCUCGGGAGCGGAAAAGAAGGCAAUCGACCAAGCCAGGUGCUAAACCCGACGAGUCGCCGAAGCGAUCCAAAUCAGUGAGUGAGAUUGCCAAGGAUUCGUCGACGAAGGAAGCGUCCAAGAAGGAUGGGAAAAAGGAAACGGAAGCAAAUCCUGAGAGCAAGAAGAAAGAUGCCAAAACAGUGUCCAAGACGAAGGAAACGAACGGAACUGCAGCAACGGUCGAGAAGAGUUCAAAGGAAGCUAGCAAAGAAAAAGACACAAAAGAGUCGCAUAAGAAGGACAAACAUCCGAAAGAAAUCCCGAAAGAAAUCCCGAAAGAGCCGGAACCGAGCCCAGAGAAGCCGCCCGAGACCGUUGAGGAAUCCACCGAUGACAAGCGACGUAAGAAGAAAAAGAGCCUACUGCGAGGUCCGGAUUUGGUCAAGGGUCGAAAGGAGUCUCCGGACGAAGAACCAACGACAGAACCAACGACAGAACCGAUCGGCAACCAACCGAACGCUGAAGCGCUGGAAAGUGGUUCCGAAGCAAGCCUGCCGGAAGGUUCGUCAAACCAAGCCCUUGCUGCUUCGGUAUCGCUUGCGGAAAAAUCCAUGACCCACCGUACAGCCUCACCUCGGCCAUGGAAGUCUCCCGGAGAGAAGAAACAGCUUCCAGUUACGCCCCUAGCCACGGAAGCACCAGCAACAACACCUGCUACGACGGUCACCACUGCACCAGCUCCACCUCCCGUUGAACAACCGACCGUGCCAACGGUGGCGACUACGUCAACUGUACCGGCUUAUUCCAGCUUGGCCUCGAUCGUAACGGACGCGGUUCGUAACAACCCUUCGCAGACGGACGUCAUGGCGCGCCUAUCGAUUCCGUCGAACCUUGUUCCCGAAUCGAGUGUAUUUGCACCGGUCAUGGGUUUGCUGAACCAGAUGCAGGAAAUCGACAACAAAAUGAGCGAUUUCCAGCGCCGUAAGAUGCAGAUCGACAGCGAAAUGCUCAAGCUCAACUCGGAAAAGUUCCAGAUCGAUCAAAUGUCGAUGCAACUGCAGAACGAACGUUUUAUGGUUCUGAACGCAAUGCGGGCCGCCCUGCUAGAGUGCGAGCUGACCAGUCUGGCAACGGCUCAAAGUGCCCGCCGGCGCCACCUGGAAGAGGAUGCAAAGUCGAUGCCCCGUAACAAGCGCCGAAAAUCAAUGCCAGCGCCGGCAAACGUCGAGAAUUCACCCCACGCACCCCGUCCCGUGACCUCCCAUCCGGAUCUAUCCGAAGCGGAAGCGGAAUCGGACGUGCCCCCGACUCCGACCACUAGCAGCGGUACCAGCGGUGGCGAACGCACCAUCCGGAAGAUCACCAAAAUCAGCGGCAACACCCAGAUCCUGAAGCUGUUCCAGCGCCGUAGAUUAAUCUCGGAGAAAUCCGCCGAAGAAGACCAGUCGGACGUGGAAGCCGCCGCGACCGCACCCACUGUGGAACAAUCCUCGACGUCCACAAAACGACGCCGAACGCGAACCGAACCUCCCGCGGCCGAGGUCACCGUCGCCCAGGAGCCACUCGCACCGACGACGACGACGACAACGACGACCGUCGCAAGUGACAAACAGCGCCAGCAAACAGAUUCGAUCCAAUCCGAAUCGUCGGAAUCGAUUACGGUCGCUCAACCUCCCGUCGCCACCGUCGUCGCAGCCCCGGCCACCGCCGUAGAGCAACCUUCGCCAACACCAUCGGUGGCCAGUGUCGAAGCACCAGUUGUUGUCAAGGCGACCUCCUCCCCGCAGGAACCUGCUGCUGCUGCUGCUGCUGUUGCUCAACCAGCUGUGACGGCACCUGCCGCCACGACUGCAACCGUGACCGCGACCACGACUACGACGACGUCUCCGGUUGCGCCGCCGCCCAGCAAGAAAUCGAAGAGGGAGAACCCGCCGCCCCGGAGCGUACUGACGCGCGAGGUAAAGAUCGUCCUGAACAAGCUGAACGUGAAGAAACGCAGUUGAACGACCGGCAUGUAGACACUUGAGGUAAUGCGUGGAACCAGUUUAGCGCCCAAUUACGUAUCCGUACGUACGCUGGAAAAGGGGCUUGGUUUACACUUUGUGUGCAACUCUACUUUAAACAUACUUAAGUAAAAAAUUAUGUUAGAUUUGCGAAAUUACGGAAUUCGUUUGGUUCCUUAGUUUGGCUUGAAUAAGAUAACGAAAAAGAAAUUAAUUAUUGAAAUUACACAUAUAUUUGGGAAUUCGUUUGUUCCGCCCUCGGAAAUUUGUAAAUAUACACAUGAACAUUUUCAACGCAUAUUUAAUUGCCAAAAAACAACAGCAACAUUCUUUUAACUUUCUACAUUUAACAACAACAACAAAAAACACCCCGGCGAGACAACGCAAGCAAGCUAACAAACAAAAACCAACACAAAAAAUCUAGCAAUAUUUAAUAUCCUUAGCAUGUGUGCGAGAAAUCUCUUAACAAAACAUGUGUGCAAAUCCAGCAAUGACUUUGCGGCGGCGACCCUAUAUCUUCCCCAUUUUGUGCGCACGAGAGAGGCAGCGUCAGAUAUGCAAAGCAAGCAAGUUAAGGCAAACAGUGAACAAAACCACAAAACACAUGAAAUCAAAUAAAAUUAAAUUAUUGAUACACUGUAAA